UUGUAUGCAGAGACUUUUGCCUCUUCCUGAAAAAAUCCCGAUGUGUUCCAUCCUUCGGGAUGUGCUCUCUUGAAAUGAGGAUGCAUCCUGGAUUAGACUCUUUUUCACGUUUUCUAAAAAGUGAAAGCGACUGACCGUGCUGAUUCAGUGCCCGCGAUAAAGGCAUGCACAGUGCUGCUUCUGCUGACACAAAUGUGUCUGCGACCUGCAGAAAUACAGCCCACCUCUGCUACAGUGCUUUGUGAGCAAGCCCAGCCGUUCCUGAACCAAACACAUGUAAGGGCCUCCUUCUGGAUGACCAAUGUCUAUUUUAACCGAUUAUAUCCGAAAUUAAGUCUCCAACUUCCAUUCAUUCCAGCCGGUAGCAACGCAUAUAAUGCAAACAAUCACAAUUCAGGACCACACAAACAUUGCUCUUAAAACUUCCUAGAUGAUUGUAGUUGCUUUCCUUGUGUUCUAUGCUAGCAGAAGCCUUUUUCAAGGUUUACUGUUGACUCUAGAGCACCACGUUCCCCGUUUGCUGGGAGCCUUGGGGGCUAGCACGAUGGGAAACUCAUGUGUUUGCCGCGAUGACAGCGGAGCAGAAGACAACUUGGAAUCUCAGACUCGGCAAACAGAGAGCAGCAGAGUACGUGCACCUGAUGGAAGAAGCCACCCAAGGGACCCUGUCCGGCCACCAAGGAGAGGGCGAGGACCUCAUGAACCAAGAAGGAAAAAACAGAACGUGGAUGGGCUAGUACUUGACACACUGGCUGUAAUUCGGACGUUAGUAGAUAAUGACCAGGAGCCUCCUUAUUCAAUGAUCACGUUGCAUGAAAUGGCAGAAACAGAUGAAGGCUGGCUGGAAGUUGUCCAGUCUUUAAUUAGAGUUAUUCCACUAGAGGAUCCGCUGGGGCCGGCCGUUAUAACGCUGCUCCUUGAUGAAUGCCCGUUGCCAACAAAAGAUGCAUUACAAAAGUUAACUGAAAUAUUAAACUUAAGCGGAGCUGCUGCUUGCCAGGACGCCUGCCACCCUGCUAAACAUCGGAAUACAACUGCGGUACUGGGCUGUUUAGCUGAGAAGUUAGCAGGUCCUGCAAGCAUAGGCUUACUCAGCCCGGGCAUAUUGGAAUAUUUACUUCACAGCUUGAAUUUCCAGUCCCAUCCGACAGUGAUGCUUUUUGCACUAAUAGCAUUGGAGAAGUUUGCACAAACAAGUGAAAAUAAAAUGACAGUGUCUGAAUCCCGCAUUAGCGACCAACUGAUCUUGCUAGAGAAAUGGACAGAUCACCCAGACUAUUUGAAACGCCAGGUUGGAUUCUGUGCCCAGUGGAGUUUAGACAAUCUGUUUUUAAAAGAAGGCAGGCAGUUCACAUACGAGAAGGUUGACCUGACCAACAUCAGGGCUAUGCUGAACAGCAACGAUGUCAGUGAAUACCUGAAGAUAUCACCGCAUGGGUUAGAGGCUCGAUGCGAUGCCUCAUCUUUUGAAAGCGUUAGAUGUACGUUCUGUGUUGAUUCUGGAGUUUGGUACUAUGAAGUCACAGUAAUUACUUCGGGAGUGAUGCAAAUAGGAUGGGCUACCAAAGACAGCAAGUUUCUCAACCACGAAGGUUAUGGCAUUGGAGACGACGAGUAUUCGUGUGCGUACGAUGGCUGCCGGCAGCUGAUUUGGUAUAAUGCCAGAAGUAAACCACAUUCCCAUCCCUGCUGGAAAGAAGGAGACACAAUAGGAUUUCUCCUAGACUUGCAAGAAAAGCAAAUGAUCUUCUAUUUGAAUGGAAACCAGCUUCCUGCUGAGAAGCAAGUCUUUUCAUCAGCUGUGUCUGGCUUUUUUGCUGCAGCUAGUUUCAUGUCUUACCAACAAUGCGAGUUCAACUUUGGGGCAAAACCUUUCAAGUACCCACCACCAAUGAAAUUUAGUACCUUUAAUGAUUAUGCCUUUCUGACAGCAGAGGAGAAGAUCAUUUUGCCAAGACACAGGCGCCUGGCUUUGCUGAAGCAAGUGAGCAUCAGAGAGAACUGCUGCACGCUUUGCUGUGACGAGGUGGCAGACACAGAACUCAGGCCGUGUGGACACAGUGACCUGUGCAUGGAGUGUGCCUUGCAACUGGAGACCUGCCCUUUGUGUCGACAGGAAAUACAGACCCGAGUCAGACAGAUCUCUCACAUUUCAUGACACACGUGAAGUACUACAGACUUGUUUUUAAUGAACUCCAACCAAUACAGAAAGGGGAAAGCAUCUCUAACCAAUCUUUACGCACAUAGAACCGUAGCCAUGGCCAGAUCUCACGCUAAACUGUAAGCUGAUUAUAUUAAAAAUGAAAUGUUUUAAUAAGCUAUUUCCAGUUGCCAGCAGUGGGAACUGGUUUCAGCAGUAAGGAAGGCUGGUAGUUCGGUGUGUUAUGGCUAUUGGUUCCUCCAAGCAAGAGCAUAGGAGAGCGUCUCUCUUCCUCCCCUUUUCCUUCUCGCCUGUCGCAAGUGCUGAAAAAAUUUGCACUGGAAAUACACAUACAAUGCAUUUCAGAAAAGAAAUAUCUCCUAAAGCAGGGCCGUUCUGUCUCGUGCUCCAAAGUCUCUAUUUUUGGCAGAAGUCAGUGCUAGAAAAGAAUGCCGAUGUUUCUUGUUUCAUGUAGCCUCCUGCUGGUCAGAGACUAUAUCUUCCAACAGUGGAUAUUAAACUGCUCCAAGACUUGCUCUGUCACAGACUGAUUUGAAAGGACAGUGUGGAGACUGUAGAGAAAUUCACGUUUUAAUAACUCGGUGAUUCCAAAGAAAAUCCUGAUUUGUUUUUAAUUGUUAAAAGAUCGGUGGUAUUUUCAAGUACAUAAUGUUUCUGAUGCUUUUAACUUCGAUAUCCACAUUUUUUUGUGAGGAUAUAAUUUUCGGGAGGUAUUCUUAACUAAUUAUAAUGCUGGACUGGAAUUAAUUUGAUAUUCUGGGUAUUUUUUAAGGUAUCUGCAAACAUCUUUUUUUAAUUAGUAUUGUUUUUGAAGGUUAUGUUCACUUUGGAAAAUAUUGAGCUAACUUAAAAGACUAGAGAAGAACUCUGGGCCAGUGUGUUUGAAGGGAGGGGGGAAAUGUUACUUGGAUAACACGUUCAGUCUUAUUCUGUAACUCUUUAAAAAUGCACUUUGCUUGCCAUGUGUCAGUCCUGCUCUGAGCAGGUUUGGGGCCACACUUUGUAUUUUUGGUAGGGAUCAUAAUAGGGGGGAAUGUCUGCUCCACUUGAGUUACACAUUUGUGACAUUUGUAUGUUAAGGAUGUAUUUCAGCGAGCAGCUUUUGACCACUUUAUUAGGUUUCUACAAGGAAUCAGGGUUCACGCCUGGUGUAGGUGAAGUAGCACAAAAGUCAGUGGAGUUACGCUUAUUUUGCACCGAGGCUAUAACUCUCUCUUCCAAGACUUGUACAGGUUGCUUUUUAAAAUUAUUGGGAUAGUUAGUAGAGCUCUACUAACUCAUACAUAAUUACACCCUAAACAUCCCACUUGGCAGCGAUUCAGUAGCGGAGACUGUUGUAGCGAAUUCUCAUGCUGUGAGGUAUUUUAUUUUUAAAAUCUUUUAUCAUCUUUGCUGUCAAGCAUUAGGAAAGCUGAGAUCUAUUCCUCAUGCUGCGUACUCUUGCUUCCUACUGACCUGGGAGCUGAGAGCACCGCGCACAGGUCCCAGGAUCAAGCUGUCUAGCUGUUCCUCUCACAUUCUGCCUUCCUGAACUCAAGGGUGCUGAAUUUCAUCUAGAGGAGGAGAGGGGGGGAAAAGUCCCCACUGAGCCUCAUGUAAAAGGUCUUCACUAGGAAAGUUCUGUGUGUCAUUUUCUUGUUGACUUUUUUCAAAAUGCAGACUGAAUCAGGAGUGGAGCGAGGGUUAGUCCUCUUGCUAAAAUGUGAAUUCUCUUCCAGCUGUUUUGAUGAAGGUCAGUAUGGCAAACCGGUGCCUGGGGCACUUCAUUUCCUCGCGGACUGUACUUGGCAAAGUUCAGGUGUUCUCCACUUUGCCAUUCUGCUUUUCAGAAUCUUUUUGAGAUGAAAUUCCAGAUGCUUCCAAACGCGAUGAUAGGCACAAAGAUAACGGAGCGUGCUGUAGAGGAAGAAGUGGGACAGAACCAUUUUGAACUCUGCCUUAAUAGAUGCCGCUAACUCUAGGCUUUGGUUUCCCUGGCCAGGAUUAACCGAGGCAGAGCUUCCCGAAGUGCCUGGGAAUCCUGAUCGGUACCAAGUGCUGUAUGAGAUUAGGCUCUAAGGCCGAGGCCCACAGAGGUAUCUAGGUGUCCUGUUGAAAUAGAGGGGACCAAAGAGCCCAGGUGCCUUUGUGGACGUGGGUCUGAGUGUCUGCGUGCUUUCUUGACAAGAAGACCUGAAUGCUUUCGAGCACUUUGCCCUGAUCCAUGCAGCUGGCGCUGGGCAGAGGGAGCCAGCGGCACCGGAGGGAGCUAGCUCUGUUGCAGAGGACUGUCCUAUUGAUUUCACGUAUGGAAAGGCUGUAGAUGGGGCUGGCUUUCUGCUGCAAUCCGCCGCGGGGUGUCUUUGUGAAGCAGGCAGGGCGGCUGCUUGCUGUGGGGUUCUGAGGGGCGCCCUGGGGUGGGAAACCCAAGAAGGGGACAAAAUGGAGCGUGGCAAAGUCGUCUGUUCAAAAAUAAAACGUCUUGAAGAGUG